UUAGUAAAGAAGCAAGAUCAAUGGGUUUUAGAUUUCUAUGCCGAUUGGUGUGGUUAUUGUCGUCAAUUUGCGCCUAGAUUUGAUGCAGCAGAACAAGUCAUCCGCACGUCUCAUUAUCAACCCAUUUAUUUUGGCAAAGUCAACAUUGAGGAGAAUCCUGCAUUGGCUGCUCGGUUCUUUGUUUCUCGUUUACCUACACUAUUCCAUAUU